AUGUGGAACCUUGUGGACGGCACUGGGCUGCACCUUAUUAACCACGAGCGCAUGUCUGAAGUGUGGAAGCAACAAAGUCAUGGGAAAACCUCUUCUUCCAGAGUUUAUCCCCCUGGGAAACCUACAGGAGAGCGAAUUGCUUUAGAAUAUCUUCUGGCACAGUCCAACAGAGGAGAUCUUCUGAGCCAGCAGACUGGUAAUGCUGACAUCCUGCCUGAGAUCUUGGAUGAAGACCUUGAGGACGAAUGUCCUGAUGUGACCGUACCACAGGCUCAUGACCUCACAUUGCAGCAAUUUCGAAGCGGUGACCCUAGGCCCAGGCCAGAUCCCAGGUCCCCACUGGAGGAGGGUGAUGCCUCUGCUGGGCCCGUCUACUCCCCACUGGAGGAGGGUGAUGCAUCUGCGGGGCCCGUCUACUCCUCAUUGGAGAAGGGGGAUGCCUCUGCUGGGCCAGUCUACUCCCCAUUUCAGGAGAGAGAUGCCUCUGCAAGUCCCGUCCUCUCCCCAAUUGAGAGUGAUGCCUCUACCAGGCCUGUUCUCGCCCCAUUUGAGGAAAGUGGGCUCGUCACUCCAGCUCCGGACACCAGGUGUGAUGCCAGAGGGAUUCCUGGAUGGGAGGCAGUUGAUGCCUUGGCAGGUUACCUGGUUGGGCUAAACCGGACUAUAACAGCACUCUCCAAUGCUGAAGUGGCAGAGAUUUUGAGGUUAUACUCACAUCUAAGUGUCUUUGACCAGACCCCCACCAGAUACACCCUCAAGAGCAAAAAAAAGAUUUGACAGGACCUUGGAGGGCUUCAAGAAAGUGCAGUGGCUCUGCUCCAGGACAGCAAGCAGCUGAGAGAUUGUUCAUGGUCCAUGGUCAGGCUGCUCACAGACCAGACAAGAACAGAAUUUCAGAAUGUGUUGCUCUCAAGCUGUACAAAGAGUACAAGCAACCCAGAAAUAGGCCAAAGGACAAUAAAGGGAGGAGAUUUGCCAUACCCCAGUCCAUUGUCAUGACUUACUCGCACAUCAAGCAGCUAGUUGAGGACUGCCAAGAGAUCAUG